CAUUCACUCCCGAGAGAGCCGUAGCUCCUCACAGCGAGCCAUUGACUUGGCGAGCUGGGGCCGGGGCUCAGAACCCCACUCGCUUCACAAGAUGCCUUCGGGACAGCAGGCGCAGGGUGGCAAAAUGUUCGGGAUCCUGAAAGCUCAGCAGGAGGAGCGGCUGGCUAGUGUGAACAAGGAAUUUCUGGAAGAUCAAAAAUAUAAAGAUGAAGAAAACUUAGCAGAAAAUCUGGAAUCUUUCAAAAAGAAGUAUGUGGAAUUUGAUCUCAAUGACCAAGGUGACAUUGACCUGAUGAGUCUGAAGCAGAUGCUAGAGAAACUUGGAGUUCCCAAGACUCACCUGGAAGUAAAGAAAAUGAUUGCGGAAGCUACUGGUGGCAGCAGUGAGACCAUCUCUUACCGCAACUUUGUCAUCAUGAUGCUGGGCAAGCGCUCCACAGUCCUCAGAUUAAUCAUGAUGUUUGAAGGAAAAGGUGACGGAAAUGGUUCUAAACCCACAAGACCUCCUGCUAAGAGGGACAUCUCCAGCCUCCCGUGACCCGGGGCUACUGGACAAAGAGCUGGGAAUGACUGUGCACCUCUCUUGGAUUGUAAAUAACCCUGUGUGAUGUUUCAUCUUGGCCUUGUUGAGGUGGUGGGUGAAUGGGAUUGCCGCAAACUGAACUCUUUGCAGCCCUUGUCAGUAAAGACUCAGCAUUCAUAUUUGCUAUUUUUCAAAUCUGUGUUAUUGUGUAAUGAUGCAUACAUCUACCAAUCCAAUGCUAUCCAACAGAACUUACAGACUAUCCCAGGUGUGGAUACAAUGACACCCUUUUUGUUGCAGUCCCUAUUUUUAAUAGAAAGCACUAUUUAAGUUUUGUGUUUGGCUCCAGUGAUAGCACUGUUACUUCUGAGCCAGGAAGUUGUAGUUUUGUUCUCCAAGGAUUUCAGUCCUCAGUCAACACUCCCAACGUCUUACCCAAGGUGUGAGGCAUUGUCAGAGGUGCAAUUUUAGGGUAAAUUCUAACUAUUCUCUGAGGUAGAUGUACGAAGUUCCCUUACAUGUGUUUCAAAAAAAGCUGGCUUCUGCCUGGUGUCCUGGCUGAUGAUUUUCACCAACCCACCACCAUAGUAGAUUAUUGGGUCAUUAUCACAAUGCUGUCUACAGGAGCUUGCUGCAUAUACAUUAGUUGUCAUCUUUCUUACUCUUUAAAAAUAGAAAAUUUUCUGUGAAGAACUUUGGGAUAUCCUGGGUUGCAUAAGGCACCAUAUCAAAAUCCAAAUUAUUUCCUAUUGCAUGGAACUGACUACUUUUUAAAGCCUGGCUGGGAAUUUCUCAUAUAGAUCAGUACUCCUGUUUCUUCCUAUCCCUCAAUAAGUUGCUGCCAUUUCAUGUGGUGCUGAUUAUACCUUGUGGGACUGUAGUAAAUAGUGGUAUGGGAAAGUUACUCAGAGAUAACCCACCUUUAUGUUCAAUGGCAGGCCAUUUGGCCUAAUUCCUACCUUUAAUUUUCCAUUUGAUUUAUGAGUGAUGAACUUGUAUUUAGGAUCCCAAGUUCCAGUCUCAACAGAAAUGGAAAUAUUUUCUCUUGUGCCCACACAAGCAAAACUUUGUAUAAUCUUAUAAAGAUUUCCUAAAGAUCACAUCUCAGCCUUAUGUUUCCAAGAGAAAGAAGUUCCAACCUGAGUAAAUAAAGGUUCAGAAUGAGAGAUUUAUGGAUGCUUAAGAGAUGUGGGGUUCUGGCAGGUAAGUGGAACUGAGACAGAUAAUUAACUGUAAUAUUUAAACAUGUGUAAGGACUAUAUGGACUUCUAUGUGACUGCUCUAUUAUGUUCUGAAUUCUUUGCUUUCAUUAAAUGAGUAAUCUUUGAGUUUUGGUUUCAUCCUUGUAUGGAAUGUUGUAUUAAUAAUCUUUGAUUCAGUUCAAAUACCACUCCAUUUCUGCCAUGUUACCUGGUUUUGGCUUUAGGAAAUAGUUUCUAACUGCUUAUUCUCUAUUCAUCUCUCUCUAUGCGGAUGGAACUAGUGUGAAGAUUUCAGUAUAUUGUGCCAUUAGAAACUGUGGGAAGAAUGAUUCAGUUAAGAAUUUUGUACAGCUUCAGA